UGGCUUAUCAUGCAACUUUAAAAACGUUGUAUCCUGUCUGAAAAAUGUUGAAAAAGAACGAAAGUGACAUAGAAAUGAUCGAAAAUGCACAAACCCUCCCUUUUGCAAAUAAAUCGUGUUAAAACGAGGUUGUUAGCCUAUCGCACAACCCCUGUGUCCCGGGGAGGGGGAUGCACCUUUUGUCUGGCCUCUUUCCUAACAGACCUGUCCGGCUUGGUAGUACCUGCCAGGAGUGAUGAGCUCCCGCCGGUAUAGCUCUGAGGGUCAUUGAGGCACUCAAGCUGUCACACCACGGCAAGUUUAAAUGACAGUUUCAGUUUAAAUGACAAUGACUGAAACAAAAUGUCACCAGGCUUUUUAUUUACUGUCAGUGCCAUUGUCAGUACUUUUAUUGUACUGACAUGUUCUUUUCCCCUUCGCCAAGUUGGAGUCAAGAAAAACAUUGUGCGACAUAUGUCUGAAGGUCGUGACCCUGUUCUGUGUUGGACUGUACAGAUCAAUACUUUAAAAUCUUGUAAAUGUUUGGAAGAUAAUAUAGAGUCCUCUGAUUGCUGUCGGGGAAAAAAUUAUAUACUGGAACAUUUACUAGCUUUAACUGAAGAACUCAAUCUGGAGAUACAUCAUACUUUUGGAACUUUCCAUGACCACUUUGUUUUAUGUCACAGAAUUCUUAAUCAGAAGAAGAUUCAAUGGAAUUGGAAAACAAGCUCUGAGCUUUUGAAGCAAAUACACAGUAAACAUUCCAAGUUGAGGACAACUGAUCAAAUACUUUUUGAGAAAUACAAAACUAAAGUAGAAGAGAACUUGAGUGAGCAUGAAGAAAUACUUUGGUUUAGCUCAGAAUAUGUUCAUUGGAGACGAAGUCGAAGUGUCUCCCCAAAACGUGGCUUACAGCACAGGCCAGUUAAUUUACAUCAUCCAGAUACUUUUGCUGAAAAAAUAAGUAGUUACAAUAUCCUGGGUGUUAGGCUUGAAGAGAAAUAUAAUGUUUUGUCCAAUAAAAGUUCAUCUAAUGAAACUAUUCAGCCAUACUUAUCAGAUGAUUCAGAAACAAUCAGGUUAGUUCAUAGCAGCCAAAAGUCAGUAGUUCCCCAUUUACAUUACACUCAUUUAGGAGAUCAGUUUAAUGAUUCUACAGCAUCACUGCGACACAUGCGAUCAGUGAAUCCUAAUUUUAAUGACCCAGCAUAUCCCAAACAGUGGCAUUUGAAAAACAAUGCUGAAAAAGGAAUGGACAUCAAUGUGACUGGACUAUGGCUUCUCAACUACACUGGUACUGGAGUUACAGUGGCUGUUGUGGAUGAUGGAGUGGAGUGGACCAAUCCUGAUCUAAAUACCAAUUAUAACUACAAAGGGAGCUGGGAUCUCAACAGUGAUGAUCCUGACCCAUCACCUAGUUCUUCUAAAACAUCCAACCAUCAUGGGACAAGAUGUGCAGGGGAGAUUGCUGCAACAGCUAAUAAUAGAAUCUGUGGAGUAGGAGUGGCUUAUGGUGCCCAGUUCUCUGGUUUGAGAGUGCUUGAUGGAGCCAUGACAGACAGCAUGGAGGCUGAAGCUUUUAAUAAGAAGAUGGAUGUGAAUGAUAUAUACAGCUGUAGCUGGGGACCUGAUGAUGAUGGUAAAACAGUGGAUGGGCCGCAUCUUAUGGCUGCUAAGGCUAUGAAAUAUGGUGUGGACUUUGGACGUCAAGGUUAUGGAAGUAUCUAUGUUGUGGCCAGUGGAAAUGGAGGAGAACAUAUGGACAAUUGUAACUUUGAUGGCUAUGCUAACUCUAUCUACACUCUGACUGUUGGUGCUGUAGAUGAAAAUGGAAAGAUGCCUUAUUAUGCUGAGGAAUGUGCUUCCAUGUUGGGCGUAACCUUUAGCAGUGGGACACAGAGAGAUAUAGUGACUACAGAUUGGACAGUGGGAAAAGCUAAUGGUUGUACAGAUAGUCAUACAGGCACAAGUGCAGCUGCUCCAUUAGCUGCUGGAAUGAUUGCUUUGAUGUUACAGGCCAGAUAUUGUCUGACAUGGCGAGAUGUCCAGUAUAUUAUUAUUCUUACCAGUCAAAAAGUGGAUACAGAUUCAGCUCAUUUUGAUGAAAAUGGAGCUGGACUCUCUCACAGCCAUAAACAUGGCUUUGGGUUACUGAACUCAUGGAGACUAGUGAAUGCUGCUAGAGUCUGGGAAACUGUCCCUUGGUUAACUUCCUAUUCACAUGCAGAUCCUAGGCUUUCUCUCACUAUUCCUAAAUCUUUACAGCUAAAUAUCACAUAUACUGUUAGUGAUGAGAAUAUUCAAGGUCUUGGACUAUUUACACUAGAAAGUGUCCAGUUAACUGUAAGCCUGAGUCAUCCAUUUCGUGGAAUGUUAGAAAUACAGUUAAUUAGUCCAGCCUCUACUCACUCUGUGCUUGCAGCACCAAGGCCCUUAGAUAAUUCAUCAUCAGGUUUUACUGACUGGACUUUUACCACUGUGCGAUGUUGGGGUGAACAACCUCAAGGCAACUGGACUGUCAUUUUUAUAGAUAAAGAUUCAACAUCCUCAUAUGGACAUGGUACAGUCAGUAAGCUGAGACUAACUUUGUUUGGAACACCAAUGACAUCUAAUGAGUUUGCAGAACGUCGCCUUCGAGUAGAAGCUGCAAUGAGUGGACAAUUUUUGCAACCAAAUUACAGUCUUCUUUGUUCUGUCCCACAAACGCUGGAUGACUCUUAUGUUCCUGUGAGUGACAAAGUACUCAAGUUUAUUCUAUUGUCUGGUGCCUUCUGUUUUCUGAUGGCUCUGUAUGAAACAUUUGAAUACUUAAUGUGUUACAAUGAUGAAAAGAAGGAAGCAGCUCGUAACAGACAACUUACUCAUCGAGCCCAGCGUCUUAUUGACUCUACAGUUUGUUCUACCAACAGUGCCAGCCCUGCUGCUACUAGUCUUUCUAAUGGUGCGACAGUUUUUAAUUCCUCCAAUAUUUCUAGUUUGAAUGUGCUUGAUGUCGAAGAUGAGGACGAUGUAUUUGAUAUGGAUGAAACAUCAACUUUAAUCAGACCAAAUCAUAGAAAUCAAUUAACUACAGGUAAUAUUGACAUACAGGAAUGUAUACCAUUGUCUACUUUUAGUUUUAAUACACCAGAGGAUAUAGAAACAGUAACUGACAGUUUACUAACUCAGCAAUCUCAUAAGUAAUAAAAAAUACAUUCCAUUUGGAUUUUAUUUCCUUGUAAAUGAACAUUUUUGCAUUACUGUGUUGCCAUUCUUAAUUAAGUCACAUUGAAUGGUAUUCUCUUACUGUACUAAAUAUAUAUAUAUAUUUGUAUACAUACUGUGCUUUUUUUCUGACUGUAUGCACUGGUACAGUUUAGCUGCACCUUUUUAAAUUUUUCAAUGUGGGGAAAAAAUUAUUACUUUUCUUGCAUUUUAACAUGUAUAUUAUUAAUUUAUUAGUAGUUAAAAGUUAGGCAGUCCAUCGCUGAGUGCCAGCAGCUAUUUCUUUACAGAAAAAGUAAUAUAUAUAUAUAACUGAUUGUAACAAUGUGUUGAAACAAUCCAAGAAUUAAAUGAAUAAAGUUAUUUUAUACCUUUUUAUAGUCAUCUCUGUUCUAUUGGUAGAAUACAGAAAUACUGAUAUUUUUUUAAGCUUUUUUGCUUUUAUGUUUUCUCCCUUUAUCAUAAGUAUAAUUUAAUGCUGUACAAGCUUCUGUUUUCAUUAUAUAUAUAUAGUCUUAUUACAUCUAUUUACUACUAGAUAAUGACAUCACAUUAAGAUCCAUUACUUGUCAUUUUAUUUUGAUGUCAUAGAUCUUUCCUAUUUUUCAUUUCUACAAAAUUGCAUAAUAGUUUGAUAAACAUUUUAAUUAUUAUAUUGGUACUGAAUGCUUACAUGAUAAAUUCACUAGUUGUCUUUGAUUAUAUAUUAUCUGUUUGACUUUCUUGUACAUAAUAUGUAUUCACCGUCAAGAAUUUGAUAUCACUAUUUUUUUAAGGGUUUGUAUUCUAAAUGUAAUGACAUUAAAUAAUCCCAAGGCUCAUUCCUAUAUGGAAAUAGCAUAAUUAGUUCUAAUCUACUUCUCUUGAUUUGCUGAAAAGACAUUAAAAAAAAAAACAAGUCAAUUUCCUCAAUAUGAAUUCAAUCAGCAUGUGUAUAAUGAAAGGAUCUUAUAGUUGAUCACUAUUGUAGCCUCUAUCAAAAGAUCGUUUAAUAAUUCAAGUUAUUUAACUUGUACUUGUUUGUUUGUUUUUUUUUAAAUUUCCAAAGAGGUAAAUGCAAAUUUUAAAAAAAUCUGUAAUAAACAUUUUAUGUUUUAAUUUCACUAACUGUUCUCUUCAGCCUGUGUUAUAUUUUGCAUAUUUUUGAUCCUUCAAUCUUCAAACUGAAAGUCUAAAAAGUAAUAUUUAGAAGUAUGUAGAAAGUUUACUAAUUAGUUAAAUAAUAUUUGAUCCUAAGUGUUCCCCACCUUUACACAAUGUCUUCCAAUGUUUUGUCUCUUUUUCAAGAUAACUUUGACAACUCAAGAAUUGAUUCACUAUUUGUUAAUGUUUUAUUAUAAAACACAUUUAGUAUACAUUCAAUUUAAAUGAUUUAAAGCUUUCAAAUCAUCUAUGUCUCUUUUUUUUUUACAUCUGUGACAUUUAUUUUUAAUUUCCUGACUUUGUUUUUGAAAGCAUUGAUAAAAGAAAAUCCAUCAGUUUUAUGUUUGUUUUUUCUUGUUGACUUGUAAUUACAUAAUGAAUUGUAGUAAAAUUAGUAUUUAUGUAAAGAUUAAUUUAAAAUGUCUCUAGGAUGCAGUCUUUAUGAAGGAGCAUAUCUAUAUCAGAAGCUUUAUGUGGGCUCUGUGUGCACAUAUUUCUUUUGUUUAUGUUUACAUCUAAAUGUGGUAUGGAUUUCAUGGUUUUUAAAAACUUCAUGACAUACAUAAAUUGUUAUACUUAUAGUCUAAUACAAGAAAACAUAGACAUUUGAUUUGUCUAAUACAAGAAAACACUAGAAACAUAGACAUUUUCUUGUCUAAUACAAGAAAACACUAGAAACAUAGACAUUUGUCUUGUCUAAUACAUGAAAACCCUAGAAAUAUAGACAUUUGUUUUGUCUAAUACAAGAAAACACUAGAAACAGACAUUUGUCUUGUCUAAUACAUGAAAACCCUAGAAAUAUAGACAUUUGUUUUGUCUAAUACAAGAAAACACUAGAAACAUAGACAUUUGUCAUUUGGGAGUGAAGAAAACAAAAUGAAGUGAAGCAAGCAGUAACAAAUUUUCUGACAACAUUUUGUUAUACUUAAGAGUUGAAUCCUAUGAAUCCUAUUUCUCAAUGUUUUGACUUUGUCAAUCUCAAGUGUUACUGUUUUAGUUUCAUGUGGAACAGAAUUUCCUUUGGAUGGACAGCGGCUGUCCCAAAAGUAGUUGAAUAUCUGUGUAGUCAUUUAUAUGAAUUCUUCUCAUUGAACUAGACAUCUUUGAACUAUCAUUGUGGUGUGACAUUAUAAUGUUUAUGUAGCCACAUUCUCAGUUAUAUUAUAUCAUAAAUUCUAUAGAUAUUUAUAGCAUGAGGUUACAUUGUCUAACAAUUUGAAGCUGAAUGAAAUCCUUUCAUAAAUCAUUAAGACAUUGGUUCUCAAUUUGUGCAAGUGCAACUUGCUCACAACAGGUAUUAAAGGUGUUUUUUUGUUGUGUUUUUUUUUUUGAAGAACUAAAACUCUGCUGUAUUAACACCGUAGUCACAAAUCCAAAGUUUUGUAUUAAGUUAAAAUGAAACCACUUCCGAUGUUUUACUAGUCUAGUGAUAUUAUGUCAUUUUCCAAUGCCCUUUAACCUCCUAGCUGGCUAAGAGGAGGGGGCUUGAACAUGGUAUCAUUAGUAAAAAGUAUGGGAAAUAUUGCACUAAAGAAUGAUUCCAUCUGCAUGAGACUGUACCAGAAUUGUGUUAUAUAUUAUGUCAUGAAUAAUUGCUUAGCCUUUACAGCAUUCAGUUGUAUCUGAAGUGUGGUCCAUUUCACGUUAUAGUGUUAUCCUCCCCUUGUUCAUAUUUAUUAGCCCCCUUUCUAUUCAACAAAUUUACAGCUGUUGCUUACAAUGCAUAUUGACUAAUGCUUUAUCUUUUUUAACCUAUUUAUUCUGUGUUCUCAUCAUGUUAUAAGAAUUCAGAUUUGCAAGGCAGGUAUAAUUAAUUGUAAUGAAUUGUAUUUCAAACAUAUUUUUUUUGUAUCAGUCAUGUGUAUGUACAUUUUUAUGUUCAACAUGUUAUUUUUAAUAUAAGCAUUUAGCUAUGUGACAUAAUCUAUGUGCCUUGGGUUCUAGAAACAUUUGAAUAGUUGAUCAAAUAUGUUGACUAUAGAGAGCAUUUGUUGUGAUCUUUCUAGUGCUGAUAUGUACAUUUCUGUUGAAUACAUUGGGGACAUUGAA